AUGUAUGUCAAAGUACUAGGAAGGCUACUAAAGAAGGAUAGGUUUUUUUAUGAUAAAACGUUCUGUUUUGUUAUUAUUCGAAAAUUUUCAAGUGAAGAAAAAAAGAUUUGGUAUAGUGGACCCAAAGAUACUUAUAUAAAUUCUGGUUUCGAAUUAAGAAAUGAAGACACUGAAAAACUGAUUGAAUUAAUAAAAGAAAGCUUAAAACUAAAACUAAUGACUUGUUCAUAUUGUUCAGAAGAUAUAGCAAAGCACUAUUUAGAGCUAGCCAUAAUGGAACAUAAGAAUUUAUUAUUAAAUGAUUCCCAAAAUCAUUAUUUAAAAAGUUAUGAAAUAUAUAAAAAAAUACAUGGAGAACUAAGUGUCAUGUGUGCAAAUAUAGAAACAUACUUGGGUGUUUUAUAUAAAGAUCUAGGGGAUUUAAAAAAAUCAGAAGAAUUCUUACAAUUAUCUUUAGCUAAUAAAAAACUAAUAAUUAAAAAUAACAAUUAUAUAAUUAUUGACACACUUAAUAACCUUGGUUCAUUAUAUCAAUAUAAGAAAGAAUACACAACUUCUGUUGAAUAUUUUGAGGAGUGUAUAAGGACAUUAAUUUCUUCACCAAUCGAAUUAAAUAAAAAUGAACAAAUAGCUUUGUGUUAUUACAACCUCUCAUUUUCCUACUUAGCUUUAAAUGAUCCACAUUCUGCUAUAACAUGCUUAAUUCGAUCUCAUUCAGUUGCUCAAAGCGUAUUUGGCCCGGAUCACAGUUUGACACGUAGAAUUCAAAAUCUUUACGAUCGCUUAGUGAGGGACGUUAGUGCAACCAAGUGA